GAAACUGGGGAACUCCCCGCGGUCCGCCCCACGUGCCCUCCCACUGCUCGCGCGGCUGGGGCGCCUGCCCUGCCCUCCGCGCGCCCAGAAGGCGGGCGUCCCUGACUGCGGGGCUGGGGUCGAGGGGCGGGGUCUGCUAGUACCGCCCCCGCACCGCCUCGGCCCCGCCCCGCACCCGAGGUUUCCACCGCACCGCAGAGAGCUAGCAGAUUUCCGCUGCUGGAUUUCCGUCCCAGAAACAGUUCGCAGCGAGUGAGCCGACCGUAGGCGCCUGGCCAGACGAAGCAGUCCACAUUGGCCACACCUGUGACCCCUGCUGUCCCUCACUGGCCCCUGCUGGAUCCAGAAUGGCUUUCUGGUGCUACUGCCUCCUCUACCUCCUGAUAAGGAGUCUCUCUGGGACACCCUCCAACUCCCCAGGUGAAGCAAGGAGUUCUUGGCUCCCAGCUCCAGUGGACCCCGGUGAGGUGGUGGAGACCCCAGACGGGGUGUGCAAGUUCCCAGGGCAGCAGCUGAGCUGGUGGCAGGCUCAAGAGUCAUGUGAGCAGCGUUUUGGCCGCCUGGCACUGGCGCCCCCAGCUGAGGUCCUUGCUCCACGGCUGCCCAACCCCAUCUGGGUGGGCCAAAGGGAGGCCCCUCUGCGGAGACCUCCCCAGAGGCGCGCGCUCCCCACGGCCGCGCUGGUGUUCGGCGAGCGGACCGCGGACAGGGCGGCGCGGCUGCGGACGCCCCUGCCCGCGCUGGGGGCGCUGACCGCGUGCGCGCACGUGCAGUGGGACGCCGCCUCGCCGGACGCCGCCGCGCUCUUCUCCCUCGCCGCGCCCUCCCUCGCCAACGCGCUGCAGCUGCGCGCCUUCGCCGAGCCGGGCGGCGCCGUGCACGCGGCGCUGGUGGUGCGCGGCCACCACGCGCCCUUCCGCGCCGCCUUCCGCGCCGACGGCCGCUGGCACCACGUGUGCACCACGUGGGAGCAGCGCGGCGGGCGCUGGGCGCUGUUUGCCGACGGGCGGCGGCGCGCCGGGGCGCGGGGACUGGGCGCGGGCCACCCGGUGCCAGCGGGCGGCAUCCUCGUGCUGGGCCAGGACCAGGACUCUCUGGGCGGUGGCUUCUCGGCGCGCGAUGCCUUCAGCGGCAACCUCACCGACUUCCACCUGUGGGCUCGGGCCCUGAACCCCGCGCAGCUGCGUCGGGCACGGGCCUGCGCGCCGCCACCCGGCGGCCUGCUCUUCCGCUGGGACCUGGGCGCCCUGGACGUCACGCCCUCCCUGUUGCCGCCCCUGCGGGUGCGCCUGCUCUGUCCAGUGCCCUCAGAAGAGUGCCCUACGUGGAACCCAGGAUCCGGCACCGAGGGCUCUUUGCUCUGCCUUCAACCACAUUUCUUCCUUUGCUGUUACCGGACAGACACUUAUCAGCGGCUGCAGGAUGCCCAGUCGUGGCCUGGCCAGGAUGUUAUCAGCCGAGUCAAUGCCUUGGCCAAGACCAUAGUGCUGCUUCCUGACCCCCUCUCUGAAGCCCCUGGACACCUGUCGCUGGCUGAGGCCUCCAGCUUCCUGGGUAUCCUGGAGAGGGUCCUGGCAAAGGAGUCAGCUCCACUGGGGCCGGCUGCACUGCUGGCUGUCGUGCACUUCCUAAAGAGAGUGACGGCCCUCGGGGCUGGGGAGCCAGAGCCCUUAACAGGGCCCUGGGAGCAGCUAGGCCAGGGCAUCGUGUCUGUGGCCAGCUUGGUCCUGGAGGAGCAGCUGGCUGGCGCGUGGCUCUCAAUCAGCGAGGUGGUUGGCGGACCCAUGGCCCUGGUGGCAAGUCUACAGCGCUUGGCGCCCCUGCUGAGCACCGCGCUGACCCCUGGGCGGCCCCGAAUGCACAUCCAGCGUCGCUGUGUCGGCCUGGAGGUGCGGAGUCUAUGCUUGACGGAGGCUGGCACAGAGGGCUAUGUGUUCACGGUGCCCGGUGGACAUCCGGAGGGGCCCGGCCACAUCCGCAUCCCUGCAGGUGAAGUGGAGCGCCUCCUCGGGAAAGGUCUCUCUGGAGUCACCAUGAUCCACAGCUGGUUCAGCUCGAGUGUCUUCCGGCAAACCCUAGGGGAGCCUGGCCUGGAGCCCCAGGCCCCUGACAGCUCAGAAGAGGCAAGCAAAUUGCAGAGGUUUCUAAGCACCCAGGUGGGGUCAGCCAUCAUCUCCUCUGAGGUAUGGGAUGAAACCGGGGAGGUCAGCACGGCCGUGACCUUUCACUUGCAACACCAGACCCAGGCCUUCCCGCAGAAACUGGUGGAACCUGUCUGUGCCUUCUGGAACUUCAGCAUCAGCCCAGACACAGGGGGCUCCUGGGCCACUACCGGCUGCUCUGUGGCCACCCUGUACCGGGACUCUACUGCGUGCUUCUGCAACCACAGCACCAACUUUGCUGUCCUGUUGCAGGUGUAUGACGUCCAGAGAAGCCCCGGGGAGGAGUCGCUGCUGAGGACGCUGUCGUUUGUGGGCUGCGGAGUGUCCUUCUGCGCCUUGGCCACCGCCUUCUUGCUCUUCCUGGCAGCUGGGGUCCCCAGGUCAGAGCGAGCCACGGUCCACAAGAACCUCACCUUCUCCCUGGCCUCUGCCGAGGGCUUCCUCAUGGCCAGCGAGUGGGCAAAGGCCAACAAGGUGGCGUGUGUGGCCGUCACAGCUGCAAUGCAUCUCCUCUUUUUGGUCGCAUUCUCCUGGAUGUUGGUGGAGGGCCUAAUGCUAUGGAGCAAGGUGGUGGCCGUGCGCAUGCGCCCAGGCCCCAGGAUGACUCUCUACUACGCCACGGGCUGGGGCGUGCCCGUGGCCAUCGUGGCCAUCACGGUGGCCAUGUCCCCCGACGACUAUGUGGCCACUGGCCACUGCUGGCUCAAUGUGCACACGGACACCAUCUGGGCCUUUGUGGGGCCCGUGCUCUUCGUGCUGACUGCCAACACCUGCAUCCUGGUCCGCGUAGUGAUGGUCACUGUGUCCAGUGCCCGCCGCCGUGCCCGCAUGCUGAGCCCCCAGCCCUGCCUGCGGCAGCAAAUCACGAUCCAGAUAUGGGCCACAGUGAAGCCGGUGCUGGUCCUGCUGCCCGUCCUGGGCCUGACCUGGCUGGUCGGCACGCUGGUGCACCUCAGCCCGGCCUGGGCCUACGCCGCCGUGGGCCUCAAUUCCUUCCAGGGGCCAUACAUUUUCCUGGUCUACGCUGCCUACAACGGGGAGGUCCGGAAUGCCCUGCAGAGGAUGACUGAGAAAAAGGCAACAGAGGCAUUUAUGGUCUGCUCCAGCCCCAUAGGCCCAGGGUCCCACCCUAGGUCCCUUGGUCCCUGGGAGGUCUCUCAGAACAACCCUGUAGCCUUGGCUCCAGCCCGAAGACACUUGGCUAUUAGAGGUAAGGCCACACCACCCUCCAGUCUGAGUACUACCCAGUGCCUCAGUUUCCCCAGUGCUCAGGUAAAGCUGAGAAGGCAAUGGCAGAUCCUGUCAACCCAUCUGAGAGACAAGGAGACUGAGGCCCAGGGAAUUCUGCAAACACGGGGCCUGGAAGGGACCCACAGCCCCAGAAUCUCCACAACCUUCUCCUCCAUUGCAGAACCUGAGAGACCGGCUGUGGAGCUGACAGCAUUCAAGGCAUCAGGCGCGGCGCGGGUGGGAACAAGAGCGGCAGCGGCGCCUCUGCGCUCAAGUGACAGCGCCUUUGUCUCUGCUGAAUGGGUUUCUAGAGAGAGUGCAUGCGGACUUGACUCCAAGCCUCUAAAAGGCCCAACUGGGGGCCCCCCCAGGGACAGACAGCAGCCUCUGCCACCACCUACUGCCUCUCCCUCAGGAGCCCCCCCGCCCAAUCCCUCCCGGGUGCUGUGCUAACCCUGCCAGGUCCCACAGCUCGGUCCCCCUAACUUUCUGUCCAAGAUUGUUACCCGCUCUGACCCUCCCCACCUGCCUUGAAAUUCUGACAGCCCUGUGGUAUCGCUAGCAAUAAAGGGUACUCUUGUGA